ACAUGAUAAUAUUCUUAUGGUUUCUACAACUGCAUAUAAAAAUAUGUUCAGUGACAAUAUUCUCUCUCUCUCCAGGCAGCUCCACACCCCCACCAACCUCCUGCUCCUCUCGCUGGCAGUCUCAGACUUACUUGUUGGCCUCCUGCUGAUGCCAGUUCUAAUCCUCCGUAUUGGGGGCUGUUGGUUUUUGGGGAGCUUCAUAUGUGGACUAUAUUACUAUACCUCUUUUAUCCUUACAUCUGCCUCAGUAGGAAACAUGGUGCUCAUAUGUGACCCUUUGUGUUACCCCACCAGAGUCACUCAAAAAAGAGUUAAAAUCUGUGUUUGUCUGUGUUGGGCCUGUUCUGUAUUCUAUAAUGGGGUAAUACUGAUUGAUUUCCUGAAGGAGCCAGAUAGAUAUAAUUCCUGCUAUGGAGAGUGUGUAGUUGUAAUUAACUCUGUAACAGGAGCUGCUGAUGUCAUGUUGACCUUUGUUGGCCCCAUUGUUGUCAUCAUAGUUCUGUAUAUGAGAGUAUUUGUGGUGGCUGUGUCUCAAGCUCGAGCCAUGAGGUCUCUUAUUGCCAUUGUUAAACUCCAGGGCUCAGCUGGUGUAACUGCUAAGAAGUCUGAGAGAAAAGCAGCCAGAACUCUUGGUGUUGUUGUGGUUGUAUUUCUAACAUGUUUCUGUCCUUAUUUCUAUCCCUCUCUCGCGAGCCAGGAUGUGUCAUCCAAUGUUGCAUUUUCAAUUUUUGGGGUGUGGCUACUUUAUUGCAACUCCUGUCUAAAUCCAGUGGUCUAUGCUUUUUUCUACCCCUGGUUUAGGAGAUCUAUUAAACUAAUUGUUACUCUUCAAAUUUUGCAGCCUGACUCCCGUGAUGCCAAUGUACUGUAGAGAUGUCUGUAGAAUGACUAAAAUGAUGGAAAGGUUUGCUGCCGGUUACUUCACCAGGCAGCUGAGUGCUCAAGGAACAAAAGACAGAAUGUGAAAAAACAACUUUGCAACACACAUCAAGAAUAUGCUCUUUAUUAAGCUGUGUUAUAGCACAGAACCUUUUUUUUUACCAGGUAAAUAAAC